UCAGACUCCCCCCACCCCCUUCCUCCUUUACCUACGCACCUCCCGCCCACGCAUGAUCUGAUCGCCUUUAAACCAGUGGCAGCUCAUUUCCAGGCGUAUUUCUCCUAAGGCCGGGCAGUGAGCUGAUGGCUCAGGUUCCAGAAGCUUCCUCGUCCUCCGGCUCCGUGGCUUGCUGGAGCUCGCGAGUGGAGGGAGGAGCCUCGCCCGAAAAGGCGGUUGAGAAGGCGGGGAAAAUGGAGGAGGAGGCAGUGGGCGCGGCGAAGGCGUACGCGAGCCGGGAAGCUGAGAUGAAGCUGGAGUCCUUGGAGGAACUUAAACCAGCGGCUAAGGUUAACUUGACGUGGAGCGGCAGUGGCGGCGAUGAGAAGGUGCUCCCUUCAACCUCCCCUUACCGUUACAGCAGCUCCUCGCCCGUUUGUCCACGCCGCAAGCCCCGCCCUCGGCCCCAACCCCGGGCCCGCUCCCGAGGCCCACCAGGGAACUCGGUCCCACCCCCGUCUCCAGCCCGGCCCCCGCCCCCGCCCCCGCCCCCGCCCCCGCCCCCGCCUCCGCCACUGCCCCUGCCGCGCUCCCGGACCUGGCGGGGGUCCCGGCGUAGAUCCCGGCUGGGGUCCCGGCCCCAGACGCGAAGAAGCUGCUCUGUUGACGUCAGGGGCUCUGGAGAUCGAGGUGGUUUGGGAGACUGGUUGCUGGAGGUCGAAUUUGAUCAGGGUCCCACAGGUUGCUGUCACGUGGAGAGUUUUAAAGUCACCAAGAACUGGCAGAAGAACCUUCGCUUGAUCUACCAGCGUUUCGUUUGGAGUGGGACACCAGAGACUAGGAAACGUAAAGCAAAGUCAUGCAUCUGUCACGUAUGUAGUACUCAUAUGAACAGACUCCACUCUUGUCUCUCCUGUGUCUUUUUUGGCUGCUUUACUGAGAAACACAUUCAUAAACAUGCAGAAACAAAACAGCACAAUUUAGCUGUAGAUCUUUAUUAUGGAGUUAUAUAUUGUUUUAUGUGUAAGGAUUAUGUAUAUGACAAAGACAUAGAACAGAUUGCCAAAGAAACAAAAGAGAAAAUUUUGAAAUUACUAACUUCAACCGAUAGUUCUCAUCGACAGUUUAUCACAUCAGAGGUUGAAGAGAAGCAGUUAACCUGUGAAUCAAAGGAACAGGAGCCAAAAUUGGUGAAACCCAAGAAAAAGAGAAGAAAAAAGUCAGUUUAUACUGUCGGUUUGAGAGGGCUAAUAAAUCUUGGGAACACCUGUUUUAUGAACUGUAUUGUCCAGGCACUUACCCAUAUUCCUUUACUAAAGGAUUUCUUUCUCUCAAACAAGCACAAAUGUAUAAUGACAAGCCCCAGUUUGUGUCUGGUCUGUGAAAUGUCUUCUCUUUUUCAUGCUAUGUACUCUGGGAGCAGAACUCCCCACAUUCCCUAUAAGUUACUGCACCUGAUAUGGAUUCAUGCAGAACAUUUAGCAGGGUAUAGACAGCAGGAUGCCCACGAGUUCCUUAUUGCAAUAUUAGAUGUACUGCAUAGACACAGCAAAGAUGAUGGUGUUGGGCAGGAGUCCAGUAACUCCAAUUGCUGUAACUGCAUCAUAGACCAAAUCUUUACAGGAGGCUUACAGUCUGAUGUCACAUGUCAAGCCUGUCAUAGUGUGUCAACCACCAUAGAUCCAUGCUGGGACAUCAGUUUGGACUUGCCUGGCUCUUGUGCCACAUUCAGUCCCCAGAAUACAGAGAUGGCUGACAGCACAAUUAGUAGAGCUGACCACAUACCAGGAAUCCCCUCACUCACAGACUGCCUCCAGUGGUUUACAAGGCCAGAGGACCUGGGCAGCAGUGCCAAAAUCAAAUGCAGUAGUUGCCAAAGCUACCAGGAAUCUACCAAACAGCUCACAAUGAAGAAAUUACCCAUGGUGGCCUGUUUUCACCUCAAGCGGUUUGAACAUGUAGGCAAACAGAGGCGUAAAAUUAAUACCUUUAUCUCCUUUCCCUUGGAGCUAGACAUGACUCCAUUUUUGGCCUCUACUAAAGAGAGCAGAAUGAAAGAGUGUCAGCCAUCAACAGAUUGUGUGUCCAAUGAGAAUAAGUAUUCCUUGUUUGCAGUGAUUAAUCACCAUGGAACUUUGGAAAGUGGCCACUAUACCAGCUUUAUCCGUCAACAAAAGGACCAGUGGUUCAGCUGUGAUGAUGCGAUCAUCACCAAGGCUACCAUUGAGGACUUACUCUACAGUGAAGGAUAUUUACUGUUCUAUCACAAACAGGGUCUGGAGAAAGACUAGUCUUACCAGACAUUUAACCAGAAAAAAAAAUGAUUAAGUGAGGAUUCUGACAUGACACACAAACCUACCUGGAAUCGACAAUGACUAUAAUAUCCUUACAACAAUGAGCAGCUCUUAAAGAGACACAUAAACCUACCUAGACUGUACAAUGACAAUGACCUAAAUGACAACCAGGACUUUGAUGUAAAGAACCUAUUUUAUUAUUACCUAUGGGUUUGUGGGAGGAAAAAAAUGAAUACUAGUGACCAUUUGGGGUAUAAAAUCCAUACUAAGUAGUGACAAUUGAGUCUUAAGAAAGAGGGUGUGAAGAGGUAGAAAAUGGUCACAUGAAGUAUAAUUGGAUGAAAAAAAUUGUCUAGGUGGGGAAGGAUAGGAAUAGACAUGUUCUGACACUACUAAAUGUCAUUUGUUUCUGCAAAAAUAUUGUGGGAAGUCAGGGAGUAGUAUUCCUUCAUCAGCAAAAAGCUUCAUAAUUGGCAUUCCAACUGUGGUUGACCAGCC